CUUAAACCCAAAAUAGAAAAAUAAAUAAAUUACUAUUCCUUACGUUUUUGUUAUACUACAAAUUAAUUUUCCCAGAUAACAACUCUCAUUUUUUUACUUUAAUAUGAGUAUGGGCGGCGGAGAUGAUACUACUCUGGCGAAAAACUCCGGCGCCGAUUCCGGCGCCGGUGUUAAUAUCAACAUCCGAUGUUCUAGCGGUUCGAAAUUCUCUUUGCAAGUCAAUCUGGAUUCUACUGUCGGAUCGUUUAAGUCGAAACUUGUAGAACACGCAAACUUCCCUGUUGAACAACAGAGAUUGAUCUAUAAAGGACGGAUCUUAAAGGACGAUCAAACGUUACAAAGCUACGGUCUGGAGGCGGAUCACACCGUUCAUUUAGUUCGAGGUUUUGCCCCAGCUCCCUCUGCAAACCCUGCAAGUGCAACCAAUGCUGGAGGUCCAACUACUGCUCAGAAUGCACCAAGAGAUGCUACUCCUGAUGCAGGCGCACCAUUUCCAGGAUCAGGCCUUGGAGCUUCAACGUUUCCUGGUCUUGGAAGUGGUGGUGGUAGUUUGUUUGGAGCUGGACUUCCAGAUUUUGAGCAGGUCCAGCAGCAGUUGACCCAAAACCCCGACUUAAUGCGAGAUAUGAUGAAUAUGCCUCUUUUUCAGAAUUUCAUGAAUAACCCUGAAACCAUCCGCAACUUGAUCUUGAACAAUCCCCAAAUGAGAGAGAUCAUGGAUCGUAAUCCUGAGCUUGCUCAUGUACUCAAUGAUCCAGCUACUCUUCGGCAGACAAUGGAGGCUGCACGAAACCCUGAACUUAUGCGUGAGAUGAUGCGCAAUACAGACAGGGCGAUGAGCAAUAUCGAAUCUUCUCCAGAGGGAUUUAACAUGCUGAGGCGCAUGUAUGAAAAUGUCCAAGAGCCAUUCCUAAAUGCAUCAACAUUGUCUGGAGAUGCGAGAAACGAUACAGGGUCUAACCCAUUUGCAGCUCUUUUGGGAGCACAAGGUGGUGGACAAGGCAGACAGCAGCCAAAUAAUCCUCCAACUACUGGUUCUGAGACUCCUGAUAAUCUGCCUGCUCCAAAUACUAAUCCACUUCCUAAUCCUUGGGCGUCUGCAGGCACUGGAGCUGCCCAAACCAAUACCACUGCUAGAUCAAAUACUGCUGGGGGUACCAGGGAUGCACCACUUGGCUUAGGUGGGCUUGCUUCCCCAGGUUUGGAGCAAAUGCUAGGUGGCAUGCCUGAUACCACUUCUUUAAAUCAAAUGAUGCAGAACCCUGCCGUCUCACAGAUGAUGCAAUCUCUCCUUUCAAAUCCUCAGUACAUGAACCAGGUUUUAGGGCUCAACCCACAGCUUAGAAGCAUGCUUGAUUCCAAUCCACAGCUUAGAGAAAUGAUGCAAAAUCCUGAAUUUAUUCGUCAAUUGACAUCGCCCGAAACAAUGCAGCAACUUAUGACUUUCCAACAAGGGCUUGCAUCUCAACUUGGGCGGCAGCAAACAAACCAACAAGGCCAAAAUGCUGGUGGAGGAGCACUUGACAACGCGGGAAUGGAAAUGCUUAUGAAUAUGUUUGGUGGACUUGGGACUGGUGGCUUGGGUGUCCCCAACAGACCUAAUGCACUUGACAACGCGGGAAUGGAAAUGCUUAUGAAUAUGUUUGGUGGACUUGGGACUGGUGGCUUGGGUGUCCCUAACAGACCUAAUGUGCCCCCAGAGGAAUUAUACGCUACUCAGCUAACUCAGUUACAGGAAAUGGGUUUCUUCGACACACAAGAAAAUAUCCGGGCACUGACUGCCACUGCAGGCAAUGUUCAUGCUGCAGUAGAGCGACUUCUUGGAAAUCUCGGACAAUAAGUGUCAGUAUUCUCUUCUACAGGACAACACAAUUGAUGGGGUCUGAUGAAAUUGAUUGAUUUCGGACACAACGAGCCUUAAAUCUUGCUGAGAAUAAUUAUUCAUAAGUUCAAUUUUUUGGACUCACAGCUCGUCUUCCCCCGCACCCACCCCUCCCGGUUCUGUUUUCGCUUGGAUUAAAGUAAUUCUCUGUACAUACAGCGUUAAAGACCUGUCCCAUAAAUAGUUCGAACUCCCGUUUCUUCUGGCAUCUGCUUUACUAUAUACCCGGCUGAAGAGCUUUUCUUGACGCUAUGUUACGUUAAACUUCUGCUGCAGUCAUAUGUCUCUUUCUACUGAAUCUGUUAUUUAAAAGCUUGCAUAAUGUGUUUUAGUGUUUGUAUGCUACUUGAGUAUGAAUGUGCAGGCUUUUGUUCUUUGA